UACCUCAGCUCUGGGAAUUGAUAUGUUUUCACAGUUGUUUUCAGUGUAUGUUUUUACCCUCUAUUCAGGAAAAGGAUUUGAACGGCCUUUUGAACAAUAUUGCUGAAAGGAUGACAUCCUGGUUCAAGGACUUGCACCAAUCAGAGGGUACCAAGCAGGGUACUGAGCAGCCGACGAAGCCCACAGAUGAGGAGGAUGCCAUAUUCUGUCUGAAUUUAACAUAUGCAUUGCUUUCAUUUUCCUUAAAACACUGUUAUGCAGUGCCAUUUAGCUCGAUAAUGUCACUGCUACGGAUACUUCAGGUGUUUGAUGCAGAAUCAGAGGUGUUGCAAGCAAAUCAGGAAUUUCAGCAUUUUAUCUCAGAAAGAUGGCAUCAGUUUGAAGGUUAUAUGACAGAGUGGCUGGAGAAAUCCUUGCCCUGGCCACCCAUGAAAAAUACACGGUUCUUUGAAAACAUCGAUGUGUGGCACGAGCUGUCCUUGCUCAACAUCCUCUGUGCGAAAUGGACCAAGAAAUGGCAAAGCCUGAUACACAACAUGGUUGAAAGGUGGCUGGAGAAAGUAAAUGGCAGAGAACUUCUGGACUUCUACUCAGAAUUCAUAGAGAAGGACAAGUAUUGGAAUACAGGUCUCGAGAUCUGCUUCACGGACUGUGUCAUUCAAAGGAUUAAACACUUACCUAAAAGUGAGGAAUCUAUGUUAGUAAAAAUGGUUUCCAAAGUCAUCAAGACAGACAGGUCAUAUGCUGGGAAAGUCCUUUCUGCUGUUGUUGAGAAAAUAUUCUUAGACAAGAUGAACAACUUCCCUUUCUCCUUAAAAAAGGGAGAAAGACAUGCUGAUAGUGCGGAACUAUUUCUCAAAGAGGUGCUCAGCUCUUCUGUGAUCUAUGAUCUCAUCUCUGCUGUUGAAGAAACAGAGGACAAACUUCAAAAUAAGAUCAGUAAAAAUGCAAAAAAACUGGUCUCCAUUUUUUCUAAUUUCUUCCACAUUAUGGGCCAGCAAGUUUUCUCAGGAAACAUUCACUGCAACCUGCUGUCCAUCAUCUUCCAGCAUCAAGAGGAAUUUCAGAAUAUACUGUGCCUCCGUCGUCUCUCUGUCUUUAGCUGUAUAGCAGAGGUGCUGAGAGUCAGAAAAGAGGAAUAUGAGCAAUUGCAGAAGGAGGUGGAGCAGAGACGCUCAUUUCUGCGUCUAUGCAGAAGCAUAGAGGAUGUGAUAAGAGUGAAUAAAAGUCCUGUGGACGAAUGCAUCUCUAAGAGAGGACAUUUUAAGGAUCAGAUAUCUGUAAGCGUUUUUGAUGUGAAUAGCCAGAAGAAAACUUCUGAAUCCCACUUCCUUACUAAGUACAGUGACAUGAUGAAAAAAAUUCAUAUCUUAGAGGAGAGCAAUUAUUUUCAGACUUUAUGGAAGGAAAAAGCAAAGCAAAUCAAAGCCAUAAUCCCUGAAGAGAAAAUUUUGAUAGAAGAUGUACAAGAAAACAUUUAUAAACCAGCCAUUGAUGACUUUCAGAGUACCUAUCUGUCCCUCAAAGACUUAUCCAUCACCAUUGGAACUGUGCAGAGCCAUUUUGAGAUACAAUUAGCAGAUGAGAGUCAACUCAGAAAGGAGUUUACAAUUAUGGAGAUGAGCGAAGAGAAAGGGGAUGGAAAAGCUGCCUGGGUAGAUGCUGCAGUGGGGAAGAUUAAAAACUACUUGACCCUGUCUACAGUGGUGAACACUGCCAAGAUGAUUGACGAACUGCGGAAGACACUUGAUCUUAAUGGGAAUUUUCAGAUUAUCAGCGACAUAACAAAAUACGAAGAGCUGGAAUUCAAGAAUAAAAGACUUGAUUAUAUGACUCAGGACUUAAUGAAGGUGAAAAACAGUUUGAGCAACCUUCCAGAAGAGAUGCUGGAAUUUCUGAGGGAACUUCUUGAAUGCACAAGGAAAGGCUUUGUCUCCUGGAUCAAAACCAUAAUAAAAGACAAAACAGAAAUUCCUGUAUUUGUGGAGCUGGCAUCAAUUUCUGCAGGUGAAAAAGACAUUGAUAUUGACAAAUUGCAGUUCUUCCGUGAUGCUAUGACUGCUUCAGCACCCAUUAUAUUUGACCUGAGACCCACAUCUGGAUUUGAACAGUUCUCUGAAGCCCUGUCAUUCAUCAGUGAAGCCACUGUAAAAGACAAAAAUCUGCCCAAAAAGUUGAAAGAUUCUUGUGAUAUGAGAGAAUGGAUAAAGAUGGUUCAUGACUCUCAUGGCUCUGUAGAGUGUUCCUCCAUCUCUCAAGCCAGAGACAUCAUAAGCAGAGGGAUGUUUAUCAUCUCAGCACCUCAAAACUUCAAGGCUGCCCUUGAGGACUGUAUUUCAGUGCUACUGCUGAAGGACACCACAGAAGGAGUGUUUCAGACACAUCAGAAGUCUAAAUACAGCCUGGCUGAGCUCACAGAGCUCCAGAACAAGCUUAUGUUGAUCACCACAAAAGCUGAGCAGGGCAGAAAGGAGGCAAAUCGCUUCCUGGAGAUCCUGGAAAAAGUUCAAAUGGUUGGAAAGUUGUAUCUGCAACUUCUCAGUGUUGGCAAUGUCCUCUUCACAGACUGGAAGGCUGACAUCUACUGCAAUCCCCAACACAGGAUAAAAGUUUACGCAGAAUUUGGAAUUGCUGGCAUCCUUGUUCAGAGCACCAGACCCGUCCUGGAGGAGCUGAAUGGGCUUUGCAAAGCAAUGGAGCACUGCCUGGUAGAGUGGAAGAAAUAUCUGGAGACUCAAAGAGACACCUACUAUCACCUCAAUCUGUUCACUGCACAGCAGCUCUUCUAUCUAUGUAGCCAACUGGCCAAAGCCCACAGUAGUGCAAUAGAGCCACAGAUUCUUAAUAUGCUUUCUGUCAUAAAGCAUGACAUUAAAGAAGAAGAUAUUAGAAAAGCCCUGGAUGAAGCCCUCAUGACUCCACUUGACUCUGUCAACACAUUAACAGGAGACAAGGAAUCUGUUACCUGGCAUGACUACGUCAUUCGGUUUCCCCAGCUCAUCAAAAGCCUGGCUGAAUCUGGCUACAGUACGUCAGUGGCAAAGGCAGCCCUUCAAAGCUGCCUUCCAUACUCCAACAUUACAGAGCAGAAGCUCAUGGAUUUUGCCCUCGAUCGAAGUGAUGACAAGGAAGAGGUUGAGAAUCUGAGCAAAUUAUAUGAUGAGCAACGAGAAGCCUUUUUGGAAAACUCAAGGAAGUUUAAAAAGAACAGAAAUGUUAACCAGGCAACUUUCAGCACCCUUACAGAAGAUGAACUGGCCACCUCCUUUGAGAGUUUGCCAUCCAUCUGUGACAAGGUAACUCUGCUCUGGGAUGCUUACUGUAAGAAAUACACUGGCCUUGUGUCAGACAAAUACAUCAGCCUGGAUGUCUUUGGUGAAACACUGAAGCAAUUAGCCACUCUGGAAACCACAUGUAUCAAGAGAAGUCUACCAGUAGCCCUUGAAGCCAGGAAACCUUCUCUCAUCAUGUGUAAAGAAGAGGAAAUGUUACUCUACAUGCUCUCUGUUUAUGGACACACUAAGACAGCACCUCUACCAACAUAUGAUGAGGUCCUGGUGUGUACACGCAACACAGAGGAGGAAGAAGUGGAACUGAUAGUUAGGAGAGCUCUUUCAUCUGAUUCUCAAAACCAGAAAAUCUACUGCUUGCUGGGUGCUGAUAAAUUAGCGUACAAAGUUUCCAGGCAACUGGAGUACCACUUUUUUCGCUUGCUGCAGUCUUCUAUAGUCCUUGACUAUAGGCUCAUUAUUUUUUGCAGUGCAAAAGCUCAGAAUUCUUAUGUUUUCACAGCCUUUCACACCUACAAAGUUACUAUCCCAUGCUACUCUAAAACAGACAUCCAGGCAUACCUGAGCACACAUCUUAAAGUGCCUCAUGGGACAGCCCCUGUCGCUCAGGCCUUCAAAGAGCCCUAUCAGCAGAACGUGAAGUUCAUAUAUUCCAACCAAGCAGGAAUGGGGAAGUCUCUCUUUGUGAACAAUAUCCUCCAGAAGAUCCGUGUCCAGCUCCGUGAUUUACCAGUGGUUCACAAAACUAUUAGGCUGAUGGAGUCAGAGAUUGAUUUCCAGUUCCUUCUGGAGGAGCUACUCUCUGUUGAGGAAUUCCCAACUGAAACUCAGCCCACCGUCUUCCAUAUUGAUGUGUCACCAGUGGUGUCAUCAGGUCUCUACCGGCUGCUGAUUGAGCUGUGCGUCCUAAGACACAUCCAGAGUCCCACUGGCUCUAUCUGGAAGUGCAAAUCCUCUCAUCUUUACUUAAUCGAGUACCUGGCAAAAGGGAAAUGUUUUAGCAGAACAAGAAAACAAGAGGUGUCCAGUGAGACAGAAGAAAUGUUCCUGGAUCUUUUUCCUGCAGUGAAAUGUGUAUCACCAAUGCGGGUACUUGAGUUGUUAAACAAACCCAGCUCUGGUUGUUUUGAAAUGAAACAGGAGCAGUUUGAUCUAGAAAAGUUAAGGAGUGAAGCUUUCCAAAGGUCCUACCAGUACCUCCGUAGAUAUAAGAACAAGGAAGAUCUUGAUCAUUUCCUUUUCACCCCUAAGAUGACUGAAGGGACAGAGAAAGAGUGGCUGGAGAUCUUACUGGAAUUCUGUUCUUGUCACAACCCUUCUUGGACUGAGCUUAGCAACUUCGUUCAUUUCCUAAACUUCCAGCUAAGCAAGUGUGAGAAAUCAGUUUUCUGUAGCCCAGCAGUUGGAGAUGAUUUCCAAGGUUUUAAAACAUUUGUGGUAAAAUUCAUGAUCACCAUGUCCAAGGACUUUGCCAUGCCCUCUCUUGAUACCUCUGAUGAAAGUGUGCCAAGUGCAGAAAAUGAUGAUGAGGAAAAUAGCAUUAUGGAUCAGUACCGACUAAGACGAAAAUGGGAACAAGAGUCCCACCCCUAUAUAGUCUUCCAUGCAGACAAUAACUCCAUGGAGUUUUUGGGUUUUCACAUCAGCAAGAGCUUGAAUGCUAUUGAUGCCUAUUCUCAAGCUAUUUUGGAAAGGAAUGUUAUCAAAGGUAAAUUAUACUGGAUUUUGAAAACCCAGUGUGUUCCUUUCAAUAAGAAGUUUGAAGACUUGCCGAGAACAAUGCAGCUGGAAGCUCUCUGCAGAGUUUUUGGUGUGAGCUACACCCAAGAUCCAGAUGAGUCAUAUCAGCUGACACUGGACAACACCAUGAAGAUGCUUGCCAUUCAUCUGCGGUUCCAGUGUGGGAUUCCUGUAAUCAUAAUGGGUGAAACAGGCUGUGGGAAGACAAAGCUUGUGCAGUUCAUGUGCAGCCUGCAAAGGGCAGGCAAGAACAUUCAGAACAUGGUGGUGGUGUGUGUCCAUGGUGGCACUACCUCCAAGACCAUCCACAAGAAAGUUAGGCAGGCAAUCGAGCUGGCACGUUACAAUGAAGAAAGGCAUAACGUGGACACUGUACUCUUUUUUGAUGAAGCAAACACAUCAGAAGCUAUCUUUGCAAUCAAAGAGGUGCUGUGUGAUCGCAGUGUAAAUGGAGAGAAGAUACUCACUGACCGUUUAAAAGUAGUAGCUGCUUGCAACCCUUACAGAAGGCACUCCAAAGAAACUAUACAGAAACUUGAAAAACCUGGCUUGGGGUACCGAGUCCAGAGUGAAGACACGCUAGAGAAACUGGGUUACAUUCCAUUGCGGCAGCUGGUGUAUCGGGUCAAGCCACUUCCACCUAGCUUAUUGCCUCUUGUCUGGGAUUUUGGAGAGCUGAAUGAAAAGACACAGAGCCUGUACAUCAGAGAGAUUGUAAAGUCCACCAUGAAGAAUAAAAUCAAUAUUGAAAAUCUGGACAUCUUUACCAGUGCCAUUUCAGCCUCCCAGAACUUCCUCAGGAAAAAGAAACAUGAAUGCAGAAUUGCCAGUCUCCGGGAUAUAGAGCGGUGCAUAAUCAUUGUGCUCUGGUUUUACAAAUUCAGAGACCUGCUAUUUCCUAUGAUUGAUAAAAAGUACAAAAAGGAAAAGGAGACAAUCUUAAAUGAUGAACAACGGGCCUUGGUGCUUUCAUUGGGAGCUUGCUAUUAUGUGUCUCUGGAGAAUCGCAAAGAUUACCUGGAGGAGGUUGCAAAGUGCUUUUCUGUCCCUGCAUCCCUGCUACAGCAAGAGAUUGAGUUUUGCCAAGAGGUAUUUCUUGAUAACGUCUCUGUUCCUCAGACAACAGCCUGCAAUGAUGCUCUGAGGGAAAACAUCUUCAUGAUAGUUUUAUGCAUGGACCUACGAGUUCCACUCUUUCUGGUUGGGAAGCCAGGAAGCUCAAAAUCCCUGUCUAAAACCAUUGCUGUGGAUGCCAUGCAGGGCAGGCUGUCUAAAAGACAGUUGUUCAAAAGAUGCAAGGAGAUCCAGCUGGUGUCUUUUCAGUGCAGUCCCCAUUCAAAACCAGAAGGGAUCGUCUCCACUUUUCGACAAUGUGCACAGUUCCAGAGGGGGAAGAAUCUGGAUGAGUUUGCAUCCGUUGUCGUCCUGGAUGAAGUCGGCCUAGCAGAAGACUCACCAGAGAUGCCACUGAAGACACUGCACCCUCUUCUUGAAAGCGGAUGUGUUGAUGAUGAAAACCCAGAGCCUUACCAAAAAGUUGGCUUUUUGGGCAUUUCAAACUGGGCCCUAGAUCCUGCCAAAAUGAACAGGGGCCUUUUUGUAAUUCGGACUGACCCUAGCAAAGAAGAGCUAGUUAAAACUGCAGAGGGCAUUUGUGCUGCACACACACACUUUAAAAACAUGAAGCAUUUGUUCCCUUUGCUGGCAGAAUUCUACUGCAAUGUGCUAAAAGCACAAAAAAAUGAGUUCUUUGGGCUCCGUGAUUUCUACAGCUUGAUCAAGACGUUACUGCACUACUUCCAGGAAAAGAACAUCUCUCAAUAUGAGAACAUUAUAAAGGCCAUUCAGAGAAACUUUGGAGGCUCCAGUGAUAUUAAUCCUGUUGAGCUCUUGCAAAACUGCACCAAUGAGUUUGAUUGUUCCCUGCACUUGGAAACCAGACACACACUUCAUUUGCUGAGGGAAAAUAUGAGCAAACAGGCAGGGCUCAUGUCUCGAUACCUUCUGCUGCUGACAACUAACUAUGCAGCUUUCUACAUCAUCCAGAUGACACAGCUUAUAGAUACUGAGAACUGUGAAAUUAUAUUUGGCUCUGGUUUUCCACAGGACCAAGAUUAUGCCCACAUAUGCCAGUCUGUCAGCAGAGUGAAGGUCUGCAUGGAGACAGGCAGGACUGUUGUUCUUUUAAAUAUACACAACCUUUACGAAAGCCUUUAUGAUGCUCUCAACCAGUGCUUUAUUAGCCUUGGAGGAAAUUACUAUGUGGACCUGGGUCUUGGCACUCAUAGAGUGAAGAGCCGUGUGAAGGAUGAGUUCAGACUCAUUGUGAUAGAGGAAAAGAAUGUAGUCUACACCCAAUUCGCUACCCCGCUGCUGAACCGGCUAGAGAAGCACUGCUUAGACAUGAACACCAUUCUGAACUGGCAGCAGCAAGAACUGAAGAAGGAGCUGCAGAACUGGGCCAGGCUGUUUGUCUCCAUUGACAGCAGCAAGGUCUCCAAUGUUUGGUCCACCAAGCUCAGCCCCAAGGAACCAGAUGUCUUCAUCGGUUUCAGCAGUGAUACCUCUGCAGCUGUUGCUUUGGAGAGCACUCAGAACAGCUCCCGGGGAGCCCUUUUGCCCUAUGAAGAGCGAGAGGCCUCUAUUGCCAAAAGGAAACUUGUUCAGUGUGCAACCCCUGACUCCAUCCUGCGCCUUAAAUACUCCCUUCUGGAUGAUGCUGAGCAAAUACAAGACUUGUACUUCCACAAGCAGAAGCACAACAGCCUUGUUAGUGUUUUGGGAGAGGCAUUUAACCAGCAGCCAGGGAAGGAGAGGACUACUGGGCUCUGCCUGCAGGUUUCUACACAUGCAAGACUUCUAAAUGAGAGAGAUUUAGAAGAGUUAAGGAAGAAACUUAACCUUCAAAAUAAAAUCCAUUGCCUUUUCCUAAGCCAAUUUGAUACUGAAUACACUUUCCGCCAGGAACUCAGGGAUUUUUUUGAACAAUCAUCAGAAGAGAAACUACUCCUCAUCCAGUUUCACUUUGAUGAGCCACAGAGCAGCAAAAGACUUCUAGCUUGUGCCAAGUACUGUAUCAUAGAUGAGAAAAGGAAAUCAACAGGCACAGGCCCAUCACAUGUUGUGCUGGCCACUAAAGUCCCACGAGUCCUGGGAGGCUGCAGCUACCUGGCAUUUGGCAGUGGUGAAUGGAUGUCAGUCCACUUGGAUGAUCUGAUGCCAUCAGACAACUUUACAGCCAACCUAGGCCAUCUCAGCAAAAUGACUAUUGCUGAGAUUUUCAUGACCACUUUACAUGAGCAUCUCCCAACAGGUUCUCAAGAGGAAUCUGCUGCACUUGAAGAUCCAGCCAAAUCCAAUCUUUACCCAGAAGGAAAUCUCCUCAGCAUGGAUUUUAUGAUCAAACAGAGCAUCCAGAAAGCUGUAAUCCAGCUGGAAGACAAGACAGACAACAGUCGGCGUGCCACUGAAAGAAUCAUGAUCAUUCACAACUUGCUUUUCCACGACAGUAGAACCACAUUUUCUAGUCAUUUCAUGAGAGUGCUGAAAAGGAGAAUCUGCCUCCUCCUACAAGAACGUGAGAAAAUAAGUCUUGAGCCAAGGGAGUGGGUUUUCCACAGAGCUGUCUCCAGCGAGUUCAUCCUUGAAGACACUUCAUUCAGGCAUGCUCUCUGGAUGCAUUUAGAAGACAUCGUGGCCAAUCUAUUUGCUCAAAUUCUCGCAGUGGUGGAUGCAAACAAUAACCUGGAUCACCUCUCUCCACUGUCUCCAUUCUCAGAAAUGUGGCUUCAGAUGUUCAAAGAAGAAUCAUUCUUGAGAAUUAAAUAUACCAGCAAGAAACAAGAUGCUAAGAUUUCUGUGUUGUCAACGACUGAAGAUCCCAACACAUCUGUGUUUUGCCAGUUCCCAUUCAGUUGGGUUUUGAAGGCCUACCUGGAGGAGCUAUGGGAGAGAGUCUAUAAUAUGAAAGGUCAUCCAAAAGUGCCUAUGAAAGAACCAGCUAAAUUGUUCCAAGAGCUGAUCAAGAAUGUGUUGAUACCAGAUGGAAGUAAUCCAGAGAUGAUGCAGUGUUACACUAAUGAUUUUCUAAGGAUGACUUUUCCUGGGCAAGAUCUUUCUGUCUAUGAGGUUCUGUCAAAAGCUCUCCUAGUCAAUGCAAAACAGCUCUGCUCCUCUGUGGGGCAGGAGGAGAUAAGCUUUUCCCCCAUUUGGCUUCAUAUGGAAUAUUUCUACCUACGAGAGGAGUAUCAACUCUUUGUUCAGUUGGUAAAAAUUGAUGAGUCUGUAAUAAGAGAGCUACAAAACAUGUAUGAGAAGGAUCCACCAGAAAUGUUUAUCACUCUCGACACCUUGAACAUUAUCCUGAAAAAGGUGAAGCCCACAGAUAAACUUCUGUCAUUUGAGGCCUUUACAGAAUGGCUUAGAAGGGUCAAGUCCUUUAAGCCCUGGAUGGGGUGGAUUGAUAUGGGUGAUCACCAGAUUCAUCUUUACCAGAAGAAAAGUGAACUCCUAAGGAGUGUGUUAUGCCAGUGGACCUGCACCAACAUUUUCUACAUGUUCUUUGACCACCUGCUGUACAAUGAGACACAAAUAGAUGAGAAGCUUCUGAGACUUCUUGUGAAGCAGUUCAUGUUCAUCUAUAAACGCCUGACUGAAGCACAGAAUUUUGAGCCAGCAGAAAUUUUUGAAUUGGUGACAAAAGUGCUGAGGAAAUGCAACGAGAAUGCUGAAAAUGUGUAUCUUGUGAAAGGUGUGAAGGACUGCAAGAGCUGUCAGCUGGAAAUCAAUGACCCAGCAGAGCUGCCCUGUGGCCACAUUUUCUGUUCAGAUUGCAUCUGUGAAUGGACAAGCAAGCAGUGCAAGAUCUGCAAGGAAAACUUCCCAGAGGAUUACACACCCAAAGCUACAGUGGCCACGAGAGAAGCUGUUGAAAAUCAUAACAAAUUCAGGAGAAAAUGUAACUCCUUCUUUAUGGAGUUUGUCACCACCUUUGUCUUGGGAAACAAAGGAACACCAUCCCCAAAAGUGAUCACUCAGCUGAUCCAAUUUGUGGCUUGCAAGCCAUCCAGCCCUGAGCACCAGUCAGUAAAAAGGGUGUGCAAAUCAGAAAGUGAGCUGUCACCCUUUCAAGAGUGCAUGGACACCAGUGCAACAAUCAAGUCCUCCCUCUUGAAACUGCUCCUGAGAUAUGGGUUCAACAACAUAAAGUUUCACCUAGAAAAAUACCUUUCGGAGAUGGAGAAAAAGAUAAACUUCAACAAAAGUAACUGGGAACAUUUAUGCUUCAUGGUGGUGCAUUGUCUGGAGGAUUUUAUGUAUCCUUCUUCACAAGACAGUGUCAACCAGCUUGCUGAAAGUUGCCUCUCUACUGCAGACCUUUCUGCUUUCUGCUCACAAGAGGCCUCAAAAAUUGACACCCUCCAGUUCAUAGCCCGUCUCCGGUUCUCUAUCAGCCAUGUGGCCACUGUGCUUGGCAGACAGGUGCUCUGCGCUGCAGAACAAAACAAACCGUCUCCUCAGGGGAACAGGCAAGAGGAGCAAGACUUGGUGAAUGCAAUGAAGGAGCUGGUGGCAAAUGCAGAGACACCGUGGCCUCAAAUCUUCCUCAUUAAAAAUCUCUGUAACAACUACGGGUUCAUCCCAGCACAGAAGAUCCUUCAGGCAGAAAAAUGGAUUUUACCCAGAGGGUUUGAAAUUUCACAGCAUACGGGUGACUGGUCAGAUAUAAUGCUGGUGCUUCCAGUGGUGGACAGAGCAAAAAAACAAAUAAAAACUGGAAAUCCCCUGGAAGUCCAAAGGCUGAUACCUGUCAUAAAACAAAUGGAAAUCAUCCUCCAAACACCAGUGCUCCCAGGAGAGUCUCUGGAAAACAGGAUGGAGAAGAUCUGGGCUAAGUUUGCUCUGUGCAAACACAAAAACAAGGUCUUGAUGGAGGUGGUGUUUCACACUGCAUUUACUCUGGCACUAUCUCAAAGUCCCCUUGCUCAGCUUUUCAGAAUUAUCUGCUUUAAGCCUUGUGAGGUGAAGAGGUCCUACCUUCCCACCAUGCCUGGAGACCUGCCUUUUGAUGAGAACUGGAAAACUGGUCAAAAUGAUACGCUUUGGAUUUGUCAGUGUGGAUCAUACUGGACCAUCAAUGAUUUCGUGUGUCCCUGGGAAGUCAAACGAUGCCUAUGUGGUGCCAAAAUUGGAGGACAUAAAGACAAACCUGAGAAAGGUUUUGUGAGGAUAAAAAUCACACAGGACAGAACAGGAAAAGGAUACAUCCUUGGAAGCCCUUCCAUACGGAGAACUGAACUGGAGAGGGACCUGUCGCCUGCCUCUGUCUGUCUUGCAAGAGUUCUGCUGCAUUCAUCCAUGCUGCUGGGCAUCUAUACAGACGAAGGGGCAAUUCUGAAUCUGAUGACAGAGAAGCCAGAGGAUGUGGCAAAAUUCUUCUGGGGCCACCUUGAGAAAGACAUUGAAUGCCUGGCAGAGGCAUGUAGCAAGAACAUGGAGGAUGCCACAGUGACAGUCCAUCUGUUCCUCCAGCACCUGAGCAGCAGUGCAAACAGUAAAGGACAAAACAUGGACUGGAAUAUUUUGCUUAGCCAAGAAGACAGAAGGCAGUGGGAAACCUGCUUUAAAACCCUGACUCGGCCAUUCUUCAAGGACUUGGAGCAGAACCUUACUUACAUCAAGCAGCAGAGAAUGAGAGAUCUUCAGGGCUCCAGCUUGCUCCCACAAAUAGCUUGUGACCAGAUGACCCCUUUCAAAGACCAGCCAAACUUUGGACUGAUUGGCCUCUCCUACAUGUGGCGAUAUGAACAGAAGGUGUCCAUUCAGACCCUGAUGCAUCUCCUUCAGCAAGAACACGAAGAAAGUGAAGGGAGUCACUAUCCUGUUCUUCUGGAGCUCAUGUCUAAGAUAAAAAACAUCCAGCAUGUCCAACACCUGCCUGAUAUUUUGAGUCUGCAGAAAGCUCUGAUCCAUUUCUUCCAGAACUGCCAUGGAGGGGAAAUAUACUCAGUACAACAGUUUCUAGACCAACACGAACUUUCAGAGGACCAACAUUCAGCUUUCUGCCGAGCUAUAGAGACCAUCCAGAAAGUCUGGAGCAAUAUCAGAAUGAAACCACUGUGUUCAGAUGUGAGAGUCAUCCCAGACAAGUUGCCAAAGGACAUCAGUGCCAACACUCUGGUCCUGAAACUCCUCCCAACUCCGCUUUCUAUUGGUUACCUUGUGACAAAGCUCCUCAUACAGCUCCAGAACAGUUGUGUGGACACAGCUACACAGAUCACAAAGGAAAAGCAACAGAUCAUCUCUGCAGAAGAAGUGAAACCAUACUCCAUGUUGAAGAUAACUGAGAAUGAUCUGAUCACUGCAACACUGGUCAACUCUCAGUAUGAGAUACAUGAAGAUGGCACCAAGACAACCCAUUUUGACUUCCAGACACUACAGCGGCAAAUAAUCCAACGUUUUAUCAGUGGGAAACCUAUCAUCAGAGCUCAGACGGCUCCAUUCUUUGAGCUGGACAGAAUGAAGACCCUGAAGUACACAAAAACAAAAGUGAGAGAACAUGUGCCUCAGGAAUCAAUAAAUGUGAACACGCUGAAAUGGGUCAUGGAAGAAGCACGAUCAGUGAAUGCUAUUUCCCAAACACUUGACACCUUGAAACUGGCUGCUGAAUUCCUGGCUGUGACUGGUGGGAACCCAGAGCGCCAGUUGUCUGAAUAUGUAAAAAAUGAGCUGAAGAUGGAUGCAAGUGCACAACAGUUCAGAGACAUAUUGGGGGUAGCAAACAGCCAGCUGAAGCACAUCCUGUCUCUGUGGCAAACAUUGUCAGCAAAGAGAUCUAUACUGUUGGUGCAGAUGAAUCAGAAUCCUUUCUGCCUGGUUUCUGAGCAGUAUCAUGAGGAAUUGAGUGAAGAGAAGGUGGCGGCUCUGACUACUGCGCUUUCUGCAGUUAACCUGCAUUUGUUCCUUAUUGAGCUCCAUGAGAUGAUCAUUGUGCACCUGGACAGCUUUGAUCCACAGUGGGGGCUAAAGGAAACUUUCAAAGAUUUCCUGGGAGACAGGCAAGAUGAUGCCUCCAUUGUAAACCUGACAGGCUGUUUGAGUCCAGACCUUCUACUGAAGAAUGUUGUUUUUAUCUGGAAGACAGCUCUGAGGACCAGCAAGCCUCUUAGCUCUACUAUUCAGAAGGGACCAACCUAACCUUUGCUAAGUCCCCCAGGAAUUAACUCACCAGCAGCUUCCCCAAUCCAGUUAUCAAUGCCCUGAGUGCCUUAAUUGUCCUGAUCAACCUCACCCAGAAUUUCUUUCUGUGCACCCACUGUCUACUGGUCCUGAAGUUCCACUUAAACUCAGCUUGGGCCUCUCUCCCUGCUUGAGCUAUGCUGUAAGUGUAUUGAUGUCCAGCCCUGUGCCCUGGCAGUCCUGAUUUGUUCACUAGCUUUCCUGCACUGACCUUGAACCACUGUCAUCACCUCACUUUGUUUGAUGAUCACUGGCCAGUAAAUAGAAUCUGGUUCUGCCCAGGUUCUGUGAGACUGUACCUGGUCAGUGGUUACACUGUCCUGCCUCUGCUGGGGUCACCCUCUGCUUCCAGAUCAUUUUCCUGUAUGGAACAGCCCCACAACUGCCAUUCUAUGACAAAAAAUGUACCCACCAACCAUUCAGCUUGUUGCCAAUUUAAUGUAUCCAAGUUUCAGAGCAGGUUACCAAAAAAAAACAAAAUAGAUGUAAAGAGGUUGGGAAAGGGAACCUCAUUUUAAUGCUUAGUAAUAUCUUUGUGCUUUUUUCUAAUAGCUGUGAUAUCAUAUUCAAGGCAGCAAAAGCAGUGUAAGCAAAAACACACCUAGAAAUAAAAGCAAAAGCAAGAAGCUUACAGCAGCUGCAGCACUGCAGCAUAGAUCAGCAGUGGUACAAUCACAAUAAAGAUACACUUCACAACUGCAGUGAAGACCCAUUUUAUACUCAUUGUUCCAGAGUUUGAGGAUUCUGGGUUGAGAAAAAUGCAACACAAUGAAUAAUCAUAACUGAUUUAUUAAUACGGGGAAAAUAUAGAGGUAACAAAAGAUACUGUAAAGGAUAUCUCUGAUGUUUGGUUGUCUUACCAACCCCAGAGACCAUGUGAUGAUGAUCAGGAAACCAGCUCUGAGAAACAUCAUCACACUGUGAGGUGGCAGGCUCCCUUAGCGGGAGUCCCCGAGGAGGCAACAUUGACCUGGGUGGUAUGAGGGUCUGCCUCUCCACAUCGCAUGAGGCUUGGGCUUUUAUACUAACAAAAAUGCACGCUCAUUCUGGCACAGGGGGCCAGCCU